AUGGAAAGUUGGUCUGUGGAGCAAGUCUGCAACUGGCUGACACAGAGCAAUUUAGGAGAACUAGUUCCUAAGUUUCGCGAAGAAGAAGUAAGUGGAGCAGCUCUCUUGGCUCUGAACGAUCGUAUGGUGCAGCAGCUGGUGAAGAAGAUCGGGCACCAAGCAGUACUAAUGGACCUGAUUAAUAAAUACAAGCAACAAAAACAUGGGCUACAAUCCUUUGCAUAUGCCUGCAAAGCAGAUUUGCCAACUCUUCCAGAGAUCAGUGUUGGAGAUCUGAAAUUAUGUUCUGCAAGAUGUAGGACAUGUUCUUAUACUUUACCAAAUUUUCCUUACGAUGUCAAGAUGGUACUAGGAGAAAAAAAAUACCCUGACCACAGUAUGAGAAUAAGGAUGGUUGACUGUUUGCAAGCAGACAUGACAAAGUACCUAGCAGGAUCGCUGUAUCCAAACAGCCAGCAGUACAACAUUGUUGUCGGCGCUUUGAUGCAGGCAUACCCUUUCCUGAAUGAAGAUGGGAGUGGCUUCUUGGUAUGGAAACGGGCACUUAAAGAUCGUUUCAAAUAUGUGCGGAGAGCCAUCGAAGAUGAUGAGCAAGUUUUGAAGAACAAAUGCAAGUUUGGCCAUAGGAAAGGACAGAGCAGGAAAUCUUCAUCUGUUGAAAACAAACCUAAUGAUGUCAAAGCACAGAAAGUGGAAGAACCUGCUUAUCUUGAAGGUGGCGCAAUGUAUGUACACAUUAACUGGCUGAAGCAAGAAUAUAUGAAAACUCUGAGAAACUGGAAAGAAGUGAAUAAUAAAAUGAAUGCAACAAUACAAAUACGAAGGAAGAUGAUCUGUGACAAGACACCUUUAAAAGACAUUCUUAGACUAUUUCCUUUCUUAAGAUGCCCCUAUCAGCUUUUUAGGGAGUUCCAGAUUCUCACACACAUGGAUGUUUAUCAGAAAACAGUUAAGAUUUUGGAGAUUUAUUCAGAAAGCAUAUUAUCUUUAUGUCUGGUGAAGAAUAAUCCGAUUAACAUUAUGCUGCAGGAACAUCUGAAACAGAACACAGAGGAAAACAUUCUAAAAUAUAUGAAGAUGACUGCUGCAUGUUUACUUCUGCCAGAUGUCUUUGGAGAUGAUUCCAGUCUGUUUGCUGCACUGAACGAGGAGGUGAAAGUAUUGACACCAGUGUUGGAAGUUAAAAAUCCCUUCAAUGUGAAUUCAUGCAGGUUUGCUCUGUACAUAGAAAAACAAGAGGUAACCCAGCUCAGCGACUGCACCACAGCUCUGGCAGCACUGGUGGCUGCAUUUCAUGUGUUCAAUAUCCAGUGCCCAAGCAGAAUCCAAAGGACGCUGAAAUUCCUGGUGUCCCUGAUCUUUGAGAUGAACAUCCCUCAAGCAUUCCUCCCAGGUCAGGUAAAGAGAGAACUAGAGAUGCCUAAACAUCCCAGUGUUUGCUAG